GCAAUUUCAUUUGGAAAGUAUUCGCGAUACGUUGAUUUUGGCGGUUAAUGAAGUAUUCGUGCCGCCAGACGCUGUUCUUAACCUCAAAACUACGGACGAGAUCGCUGUGAUUCCGCCACUCAGUGGAGGUUAAGAUGGAUAUCAAUAAAAAUAUCGUUAAAUUGCAAAAAGAGAAGCUGAAUGCUGGAAAUAUUAUAAAUUUGGCAGUCUCCCCAAACUGUGGAGCGAUAUCUUCCUUUAUUGGUAUUACGCGUGAUAAUUUUGAAAAUAAGAAGGUCGUUAAGCUGGAGUAUGAAGCUUACGAACCAAUGGCACUAAAAGAGAUGCAAAAUAUUUGCUUAAUGAUUCGAUCGAAGUGGAACGUCGAAUAUAUUGUUAUAUAUCAUCGCAUCGGUGAUGUUCCAAUUUCAGAAGCUAGUGUCGUCAUAGCUAUUUCAUCCCCACAUAGAACGGAAUCUCUUCAGGCUGUUCAAUUUGCAAUUGACACGUUGAAAGCAUCUGUUCCUAUAUGGAAAAAGGAAGUAUACGACAACGAAGAACCGCAAUGGAAAGAGAAUAAGGAAUGCGUCUGGUCUACCAAUGAUGCUGCAAAAGAUGAAAAAGGAACUGUGAGAAGCUCGACCAUUUGCAAAAAUCGUAAUACUAUCAAUGAUACUAAAUCCGGGGAUGAAUCAAUAACAGCAAAGCUUGACACUAGCCUUGUUCAAAUUCAAGCAGAUUCUGAGGAACUGAAUCGUAGGAUACAAGCAUUCAUUGCAAGAAAACGAGAGCAAGUGAAUGUUGCAAACGUUCAGGAAUUCUGCUGCCGCAGCGAUAGGAAUGAAGAGAAAGAAGAAUCGUGUGCAAGAGUGGAUGCUGUACUCAUUCGACACAAGGAUUCGAAAAGUCAUGUCAAAGUACACAGAGUAUUGAAUUCAUGGGGUCCACAAACAGUCGAUCCACUAAGUUUAUACAAAUCAACUUGUGAAACGUCUCAGCAGUCUUCCGAUGUUUAUCCUCCUGCGCUAGAUGAAAGACUCUCACAUGCCGAGAAAAACCUAGGUUUAAACAGGCCUGUACCACGCAGUGUCUACGAGAGACUUAAACAAAUUGAAGAUAGACUGUUAUAUUUGGAGAGCAUUUCUCCUGAAUACAGUGACUUUUGGAGGAAAGUAGAUAACGACGAUGACAGCGUUGAAGAUUCUCAGGAACCAAUUAGAAAAAGGAAGUGCCCGUCUGCCGAACUCGACUCGAAGAUGUACGACUUAGAGUGCAGGUAUUUUAAGAAGAUCUGAUGGAGAGGAACUUGAUCGAGCCGCUCGUCGAUGAUCCGAUAUUCUCUUGACAAUAAGUCAUCAAACAUGGCGCAGUGCCAAGGGCAUCGUCGCGCUUGGUGCGCAGAAAUGCGAGCACAAAUUCCGUCGAUGACUGUCAAUCAGGGUUGUCGUCACCCUCGUUAUCGCAUCUACGAAGUAUUCGAUAACGUUCCAGCCGAAUAAAACAAUUUCUUAUCCCGAA